AUGGAUCCAGCAGUGAAGAUGGAUCUGGCAGCAAAACCAGACCACAAAGUGAACUCUGCAGCAGUAGAGGUUGAGGAGGAGUUUGACCGUCCAUGGGUUCCAGCAUGCCCUACACUGAGGAUCGCGAGCCCAGUAUUUGUGGUGUCUUCUACUCUUGAGCCUAUCCACAAAAUGGCCACCGUUCCAGAGUCUCGUCCCAUCAUGGCCGUCGAUCCAGAGUCUCGUCUCAUCAUGGCUGCCGUUCCAGAGUCUCUUCACGUCAUGACAACCAUGCCCAGUGCCUCAAGUUGCCUGCACUUCACCGGCCAUGUAACUUCUAGUUUUGUGAAAUCAUUAUGCAAGAGAACAAACCGGAUUGCUUGUACCAGCGGUAUCCAAAGGACUUCGGCUGUUCCUCGAUCGGGAUUUGUUGUCUUUUGCAUGAUUUUAGUCCUGAUUUGUGCCCUGUACCCUGUGCUGAAGACACUAUGUGUUCAGAUUCACUCUGCUGUCACAGGAAGCUAUGUGGCAGGAUAUCACUCUGUGCUGCUUGUCAACUGUCCCACAGAACAAACCGCUAGAGACAUUGGCAGGAGCAUCAUGGAGAAAAGGCUGGCAGCAUGCGUGAAUAUAUUUCCUCGCACUACCACUAUGUACUACUGGAAAGGAGAGAUACGGGAUACCUCAGAAAUACUGUUGCUUGUGAGGACAAGAACAUCUCUGGUGCAGAGACUUGUGACUUAUAUAAAAGCUGUGCAUCCAUAUGACAUUCCAGAAAUCAUCAGUUUUCCUAUCGACGAUGGAAGUCAGCAUUACUUGAAGUGGAUGGAAGAUGCCGUCACUGAUAUUUGACACAUCAUUCUGCAAUACAGUGGAAAAGCUCUCUUGUUAGAAGCUCACUAUACAGAAACACUGAGGGAUAUGGGAACAUGAGCACAAAUUCUCAGGUUAAUGGGAACCCUGGCCCACACAAUGAAUGUCUGUUGAUAUAAAGAUCAGUGUAUACAUUUACUGGAUGGAUGUGUGGAAAGGGAUUCUGUGUUUUUACCAGUACUAUUACAGUUAUGCAUUUAGCAGAUGCUUUUAUCCAAAGUAACCUACAAUAGAAGAACAAAAGCAAUUUGUCACAGAGCCAACAAUAUUUAUAGUAUGCCAGGGUUAUUAGACAGCUAGAUUUGGAAGCAAGCAAGCAAAGCAGAGGAGAAAUGCAGAGAAGAAAAAUAUUUAUUUUAUUUUUUAAAGGGGUCAUGAUGCUGCUAA